AUGCAGCUGGACAGGCGUGCGCUUGACAACUGGAACCCCAGCGAUCCCGACCCAUGCAGCUGGACGGGCAUCGACUGCAACCCCUUCUCUCGCCGCGUCACCUCCCUCUCCCUCCCCUACCGCCACUCUCUCGGGCACUCUCGACCUCCCAGACCCAUCCCUCGCCUCCCUCUCCGACCUCCUCCAUCUCUCCCUCCCCGGAAACUCCUUCCCAGGCUCCUUCCCCUCCGCCCUCUCUCGCCUCUCCUCGCUUCAAACGUUGGAUUUAUCAGAAACGGAGCUUUCAGGGGAAAUCCACGGAAAUACCCUCUCCGCCCUCCGCCGCGUAGCCGUUGUAGACCUUCACAAGAACGCCCUCUCAGGGUCAAUACCCCCAGAAAUCUCCGCUCUCAACUCUCUAAUCAAGCUAGACUUGCGAGAAAACGCCCUCUCCGGCUCCUCCCUUCCGAAAUGCAGACACUAGGACAGGUGCAGGACAUUUUACUAGACUACAACCAGCUCUCCGGUCCCCUCGCGCCGGCUCUUCUAGUCUCACUCCCGAUUGUCCAGACCAUCUCGCGGCUCUCGAGAUUGGAUUUGGGUGGGAACAGGCUCACAGGGAGCAUUCCCGAGACGUUUGGGCAGAUGUGGAGUCUGACUUCUCUUCGGUUGGAUUCUAAUAACAUUGGAGGGACGAUUCCGACGAGGCUGAAUACGCUGAGCCAGCUGCAGGUGCUGACGCUGAACGGGAAUGAUUUGGUAGGGGAACUUCCCCGUUUAAUGGGCUGGAGAGUCUGGUCCAGUUCGACUGUCCGCCCUCCCCCCUUGGUGGUUACCCAGUCCGCCCUUUCCUCCCCCGAGGGCCCCCCCGCCCCCUUUGUCUCCCCAUUUCCUCCCCCUCAGAUUCUCCCGCUCCCCCCGCCCCGCUGUCUCCCCUCCCCUCCUCCCCCCGUUCAACCUCCCCUCCUUUUCCUUCUCCUCCCCCCCCCCCCUUCGUCCCCCUCCUCUCCCGCCUUUCCCUUCCCCGCCUGUGCUUCUCCUGGCUCCCCCGUUCCCCCCCCAGGCCCUUCCCCCUCGUCUGCGCCAGCUCCCACCCCUGCCUCCUCCCCCUCCCCUGCUCCCGCCUCCUCCCCCUCCCUUCUUCCCGCCUCCCCCCAUCCCCCCCCCCCCCCCCCCCCCCCCCCCCCUGCUCCUGCUCCCCUUCUCCCUCCUCCUCUUGCUCCACCGCCCACUUCCCCCCCCCCACCCCCCCAAGCACCCUCUCCUCUCCCCCACUCCUCUCCCUCCCCUCCCACUCCUCCCUCCAACUCCCCACCACCACCACCAUCACCACCUCUCGACUCAUCUGGAAACCUAGAUGUAUCCUCUUCCCCCGCCCCUCCUCCCCCCGCUACAAGCACCAACCCCUAUAGUAACAACAACCUGGCCUGGUGGCAGCUGCUGGCGUUAUGUGCUGCCUCGUUAUUAGCAACUCUGCUCUUUGCAGCGCUGUUCACAUUCGGCUGCCCGUAUCUCUGCGGCAUGGCAGCCCGGGCGAAGCAUAGGUAUAAAGGGGUGCCUACUAACGAGGAUGCGGCUCUGAAAGCAGAAGCUGAUGCAGCAGCAGCAGCGGCAGCAGCAGCGGCGGCAGGCGGAGGGGCAAGCGCAGGGGCUUAUAGCGGGCCAUACAGUAACGAGUAUGGAAUGGAAGGUACAGAGGGAGAAGGAGGAACGGGAGGGGAAGGAACAACAGGAGCAGGAGGAACAGGAGAAGGAGGAGGAGAGGGAGCAGCACUGCUAGGAGCAGCAGCAGCUGCAGGUGCAGUUGGGAUAGGCGCCGCCGCUGCUGCAGCAGCCGCCAUCGGCUCAAAAUCAACUGAAGGAACAGACGAGGAUGACUCUAACGAGGAUAUAGCCAUCGCAAAUGCCGUAGGGGCAAGGGAAGCAGCAGGGGCAGCAGGAGGAGCAGGAGCAGCAGGGGCGGAGGGAAGCGCGUCGCUGGUAACCAUGUUUGACGGGCGGUCGGUGCGUGCAUCCGCGUUAUUAGCCGCCACGGACGAGUUUGGGGCGAGCAAGAUGAUCACGCGGGGGCCGGGGCCGAGUGGCAGCACGGCGUUUGUGGCUGACAUGCUGGCUGAUGGGCCCAUGCUCGUGGCUAAGCUACUGCCGACUGUCACGGAGCAAGGGGAAGACGGGGAGGAGUUUCCUGUGCCUAUGAACCUCAACAUGGAGGAAAUGCGUGCACUGGCGGAGAUAGACCACCCGAACGUGCUGCCGCUGCUGGGGUGCUGGGAGGACGAGAUCACUGGCCGGCGCGUGCUGCUCUACGAGCUCAUGCCCAACGGGGACCUCAACGAUUUCCUGUAUGACGAGGAGCUCUCAGAGAACUCGCUGACAUGGGACGCGAGAAGAAGGGUGGCUCUCGGCAUAGCCCAAGGUGUCGCGCAUCUGCACACGCUCACUCUCCCGCGCCCGCCGGGGUCUCAACUCGCCCCGGACCCGCUCGUGCACGGGUCGUUGCACCCGGGGAACAUUCUCCUGGGGGAUGAUGGAGAGGCAAGAUUGACCGACACUGCUGGCGCUCGUAUCGCGUUUGACUCGGAUGAUGUGCACGUGGCUCCUGAGACGCUGGGGUAUACCCCUCCUGAGUACAUGUCAGGCCCCACAACUGCGUCUCUGGAAGGCGAUGUGUUCAGCUUCGGCGUCGUUCUCUUAGAGCUCUUGACCGGCCGCCCGCCUUUAGACCCGUGGUUUGCGGAGAAUGAGUUGGGGGACGUGAUCGGGUGGGUGAACGUGUGCGUGGAGGAGGGGGCGGCGGGGGACGUGUUGGACCCGCGCGUGGCAGACAUAGCGGAGUGUGAGGGCGAGAUGCUGGAGGUGCUUAAGAUUGCGCUCGUAUGUGUGGGGGAGGAGGCGGAGGAACGGCCAUCCAUGACAGACAUAGUUGCGAUGCUGGAGAGAGUUGGGGAGGAGGACAGUGGGUAG